AACAAACUGAGUUACAUACUUUUGUUGAAACUAGCCGCCGUCGGCAGGUCUCAGGCAGCGCAGAAAUGGCUAGACUGAUACGGCCCUUGCGCCAACAAUGGCCGCAGCUCAAUAACCACCAUUGUUGCCGCUCAAGUCCUUCGCUCCACCAUCUCCUGACCUCUCCAACUUCAACAUUAAGCUGCUGCAGAGCCGCUCCGCAAAUUGUCUGUUUCACUGCUACCCCUUUCGCCUCUCACCGCAGCGUCCACACUCGCACUCGCGCGCGCGGUCCCAGAUUCGCAAACGCUCCGCGGUCGGCCGACGUCGACGAGAAUGAAGGCGAGAGCGGAGGCAGCGAUUCCGAAUCCGAUGGAAAGAAGAGCCGCAACGAGAAGAAGCGCGAGGCUCGCCGCGCCGUCCGUUGGGGGAUGGAGCUCGCCGCCUUCGCUCCUCCGCAAAUCAAACGGAUUCUCAGGAUGGCUAAGCUUGAACGAGAGGUGUUCGAAGCUUUGACGCUUGUAAAGAAAUUCGGACCAGACGUCAAAGAAGGGAAGCGAAGGCAAUAUAACUAUAUCGGGAAGCUGCUUCGUGAUGUAGAACCUGAGCUAAUGGACGCCUUGAUCCACGCGACCAAAGAUGGGGACUGGAGUAGGCUGCAGACCGUUCCUGGUUUCAAAGCUGAAGAAGCCAAUGACAAAGAAAUCGAAGAUGAAUUCGAAGAGGAAGAAGAGGUUUCUGAGGAGCACAUUGAGAUGUCAACCAGAUGGUUUGAUGGUUUAAUCACAAACGACGUUGACAUAACCAAAGAAGUUUAUGCAGUUCGCGUGGUUGAUUUUGAUCGUCAGGAGUUGCGGAAACUAGUACGAAAAGUGCAUGCAGUUCAAGAACGGGAAUCUGAUGGAGACGAGGAGAGUGAGAAGAAGGCAGCCGCUGCCAUGGCCACUGCCAAGAAGUCGCUCAACAGGUUCCUUCGUAUCCUUGCCAAGCAGAUGCCUACUGAAUAAUGAUACUGAAUCCAAUGCUAUUGAGUUUUAAUAAGAAAAAGAUGAUUAUUUCAUCAUUGGGCAAGUUUGGGUAAAUGCUCUAUUGGGUGAUGGGCUGUACUAGGACUUCAGGCCCAAUGGUCUACGGGCUUGGGCAUGGUCAUGGGCCUGGAAGUCCAUAUUUGCCUUCUAAGCCUUGAAGAUCACAUAAUUUGCACUGUGCCAAUGUACCCACCAACAAAAGAAAAACCGCUGCCCUUGGAGAGGGACGUUAGCUUGGACCCGAUCCAUUCGUCCCUUUAUCACCCAUUCACCAUUUAUUUGUAUUUUUCCUUCAAUAGUUUAACUUCAAUAUAUGUAUCGCUAAGAUCAAACCUUAAUUUAGUUUUAUAGUCUCGCGUACACAUUUAUUUAUAACUUACUUAACCUUGUAUUUCCAUAUAUUAUGG